CCUCGGAGCACUCACAGCGGUGCCCCCAGUCCAUCCUCCGUCGCAGCGUUGCGCCUCGAAACCGAGCCGGUUCAGGCACGAGACCAACUCAACCCUCCAUUCCUCCUCCGUCACCGAUCACCGGUAUCGCGUGCCCGACCGACCGACCGAACUACCUCCGAAACCUCGUGCACCGAAUACCCACGGCUUACUUUCAUUCGCCUUCCUGCUUUACGUUGCCAUAUACUACAACACACUCUUCGCAACGAAGUCGGCCCCCCUCCAACUUCCUCCCAACCAACGAGACAAAAACACCAUUGCCGAAUCGCAUAAUCCCAUCGCAUCCUCCUCCUCUUCUUCAAAAUGGGCGGCAACACAAGCAAAGUCACCGCCCAGGACAAGGCAAUCCUAGACAUGAAGCUCCAACGCGACAAGCUCCACCAAUACCAGCGCCGCAUCACAGUCCUAACAGACAAGGAGACGGCCAUCGCGAAGCAAAUGCUCGCAAAGGGCGACAAGCCGCGCGCCCUCCUCGCCCUCCGCCGCAAGAAAUACCAAGAAUCCCUCUUACAAAAGACAGACGCCCAGCUCGAGCAGCUCGAGAAGCUCACGUCGUCGGUCGAGUUCGCCAUGAUCCAAAAGGACGUCGUCUUUGGUCUGCAGCAGGGCACUAAGGUGCUCAAGGAGAUUCACUCUGAGAUGGGCGGCAUCGAGCACGUGGAGAAGCUCAUGGGCGAGACGGCUGAUGCCAUCGCUUAUCAAAGGGAAGUUAGCGAGAUGCUCGGCGGCCGUAUAUCCGUCCAAGACGAGGAAGAAGUUGAAGACGAGCUCGCCGCGCUCGAGGCCAGCGUCGCCGCCGAAGAUGCUAUCCGCAACCCGCCCAAGCCGCACAAGCUCCCCACGGUGCCCGACACGGAAUUACCGGUCUCGCAGGGCGAGGAGGAAGAGCCCGAGGCGCAGCAGCCGAUCCGGACGAGACAGCCCAUGUUGGCUUCAUGAUGGGCUGUCUCUUUGGACGUUUGUUCCUUCCUGAAAUUUCCCAUUUAUUCUUAGCACAUCUUUCUUAUCUUUACGUUCUUGAUGAUACAGGGGGGGUCCUUCAAGCGUGCGGGGGAAUUUUCGUUGCAUUUUCAUGGAGUUUGAGGUGUGGCAGCAUGUCUUUUGUUUUCCACAUCUAUAGUAGUUUUCUUCAUCUCUGCGCGCGGCAAUAUGACACUAGACUGGGGGCGGGACGGUUCGACAUGUUUGCUUUUUUGAAUUCAUUAACUACACCGUUGCAUUGUUUCGGAAUGUGCCGUUACUUGGCUCCUAGAAUCAACUCUCAGGGGGUUCAAUACAAAUGAGCUGAUGAUCAC